AGCAUGUUCAUGCUGCAGGAGCCUUCCCCUCCACCGUGGUCACCACCUCUAUGUUCACCAUCGUGCCCGUCACCAUGAUCGCUGUGUCCUCCAUCGUGAUCCAUAACUUUGCCGAGUUGAAACUGUAGUAAUACGAAAACGAAAAAUUUGAACUGGAAAGGAAAAUGGUGUGAGAAUAUUACAACAGAGGGAAAUAAAUGAGUACACCUGUGACUCUCAAAAACCCAAAUACUCAGAGAACAAGAAAAAGAUGUAAAAACUAACUCAUCCCAUUUGCUCCAACAUGCUCAAAACUGAGAAUGUGCAUUUUCGCAAGACCAACAAGAAUACGGUGGUGAAACGUGUUCGUGAGGUCUAUCUUCGCAAGGAUAUCCCUUGCCUUUCAAGUCAAUGUCCAUUAAAACCGCAAUGCCAUCAGAAAGUCGUUGUUGAGUCAAGCCUCUUAAGCCAAGAACCUCAGUACUAUCUCAUUCCAGACUAUUCGGUCGCUUUGCGCUAUGUAGAACUAUUGGAGCAAGAAGAAUUGACAAAUAUUAUAUUCACAGAGACAGUUCUUCAGAGGCUUCAAAACGAGGAUAAGUCAAGAACAUACAAGAGUUUGCGACAAGUAGUUAAAGAUCCCCGUCGCAGAAGCGUGGUCUUUAGCAACGAGCAUUGUCAGGACACUUUGGUUUUACGCGAGGUACAUGAAUCGAUUGAACAUAGGGACUGGCGAGCUCUCGUGCAGGCAGCAAGAUGGUAUCGCUACCAUUUAUUGGGAAAGGCUCCGAUUAUUUUACUCUCAGAGCAGUUCACGCAGGAGGAUAUCUAUAUAUCAUCUAACAUGGACACCAGUGGCAUCGUGGUAAUGUCUCUCAAGACAUAUUUGGAUGAAUACUGGCCUACAGGAUUAGUGCUGCAUGAAUUAUUAGGUUCGUUAAAGGAGGCGAUUUUGGAAGAGGAUCUCGACUGCCAGAACAAAGGACUUAGUAUUUCAAGAAAGGGCUCAAAUGGAAUAGGAUACCAAGAAUAUAAGCCCAUGUCCGAGCUUGAGGCCGGUGUAAAGUCUGAGCGCUUCUUCCAGGGUGUUCUCCGAGUUCGUGCAAAUCAUCGAGAUCAAGCCUUUAUUCGAGGGGGCGCGAAUAUCGGCGAAAUUGUAAUUGUCGGUUCCGAGCACCGUAAUCGCGCCGUUCAUGGCGACAUGGUGGUCGUCGAGCUUUUAAACAAAAGCUCUUGGGUAGCGCCGUCGACCUAUAUAUCGUAUGAUCCUGAAGAAAUUCAUGGUGCAGGUGAUGAUGAAGAAGGCCAGCAUCGCUCCAAUGAAAUUAAGCCAACGGGCCGUGUGGUCGGCAUCAUGUCUAGAAACUGGCGGCCAUAUGUUGCAACGCUGCAGGAGGGCUCAGAGAAAGAAUUAGGGUCAUUUCACUUGGUGCUCCCUUUGGAUCCAGUGAUCCCAAAAAUCAGGAUCCGUCACCAUGAUCCAAAGGCCCUAGUAAACCAAAGAAUCGUUGUUCGCAUUGACAGCUGGCCUAGCAGCUCGCAGUACCCGAAUGGCCAUUACGUACGCAGCAUUGGUCCUGCUCAUGACUUGGAUACUGAAAUCUCAGCCAUUUUGAUUGAGCACGGUAUCUCUGUUUCACAGACUACUCAAGAGUUCAGCGAAGGAUCACUCAGAGAGAUGCCCAUCAAUACAUCGGACAAUCCCUGGAUACCUGAGCCAUCGGAGCUUAGUAGACGACGAGAUCUCAGGAAACAUGUCAUCUUCAGUAUUGAUCCUCCAAAUUGCCAGGAUAUCGAUGACGCAAUUUCGAUUAAAGAGAUUAGCAAUGGCAAUAUUGAGUUUGGCGUUCACAUUGCAGAUGUCAGCUACUUUGUGAAGGAAGGUUCGCUCACGGACCUUGAGGCUAGAGCUCGAGGAACCACGAUAUACUUGUCAGAUCGUCGAUUUGAUAUGCUCCCCAAGGUCUUGAGCGAGCAAGUAUGCUCUUUACGUCAUCAUGUUGAUCGAUACGCUAUGUCCGUUAUCUGGAUUCUUGAUCACGAGGCGAAUAUAAUUGACGCCUGGUUUGGGCGCUCAGUCAUUCGAUCCGCAUGUGAAAUGGAGUACGAGCAGGCGCAAGGACUUUUGGAUGGCAAGGAUGUUGUUUCUGGGCUAGAUGCGAAACUAUGCAAGCAGCUUAAACCUCUUGUCAUCCUCUUGGCCAAAACAAUGCGUAAAAUUAGAGCACGCCGUAUAGCCGGUGGAGGAUUGGAGUUAGAGAGCUCAGAAGUUAAAUUCAAGUUUAAAGAAGAGGGUGGUGGGAUAUCUGACAUUCUGCCAAAGCAAUCACUGGAAGUACAUCAAGUUAUUGAAGAAGCCAUGGUCAUGGCCAAUUCUUAUGUAGCCAAAAAGAUUUAUGAAGGAUUCCGAGACUCAGCGAUGCUCCGCCACCAUCCCCCUCCUAUUGACAGUCACUUCAAGAUGCUCCUUCGCGCUGCAGAGAGUAGAGGUUUUACAAUCGAUACCAGUUCAAAUCUUGCGCUCGCCAAUUCAUUACGAGACUGUGCUGCAAAGAGUCAAGACGAUAUCGAAUUUGUCCGGCUCUUGAAGACUAUGGCAACCAUGGCUAUGUCCGAGGCUUGUUAUAUUUCUUCCGGUUCCAAACCCAUUAAUGAAUAUGCGCAUUAUGGCCUGGCUCUAGACUUUUACACUCACUUUACCUCACCCAUCCGUCGCUAUGCGGAUCUUGUGGUUCAUAGACAAUUAAUGGCAUGUCUCAAGAGUACAGAACCUAGUCGAUCUCAUGUAUCGCCAAUAACAUCUGAUUUGCUAAAAAACGGCUUCAAGAUGGAGCAGUUGGCAGAUCAUCUCAACUACAAAAACAGGGAGUCGAAGUUGGCACAAAAAGACUCGACAGAGUUAUUCCAGACCCUUUAUGUUCUACAAAAAACGAAGAAUCCAGCAGCGAUUAAUGCCGAAAGUGAAGCUGAAGAUGUCCUAUUUGUGGAGACAGGAAUUAUUUCAGAGAUUCGUGAAAACGGUUUCUUUGUUUUUGUACCUCGUUUCGGGAUUAAAGGCCCUGUUUAUCUCAAAGAGAAAUCUGGGGAGAUCAUCAUACCUCUAUCGGUUCUUCAAGGAGGAAAGAGCUCAAAAGAGGGUGUUGAUCUUCACAACGGUGAUCAUUUGAUUACUGUUUCUGGGUGUGAGAUGGAUACAGACUUAAUGACACAAAUCUGUCUUCGAGUUCCUCCUCAAGUGUUGGCAUUAUAUCCCCCGGGUCUCCUUUGUACCGUCAAAUUUCGUCUUUUUGAUAAAGUCAGAAUAGCUUUACGGUUAAAAAGAUCGUAUGCCCAUCGCCACAGCAUCUACAUGGUAUUGAUUGGUCUCCAUCAUAAUACGUCUGCCACACCUUUAAGAAACAAAUCCCAGAUGCUUAAGAAAGGUGCUGUUGGAAGGCAGCUGAAAGAGGAUGAAGUGAAUCGCAUUGUUCAACAGGAUCCUGAGCUCGCACCCUUGUCGAAGCAAGAUUUAAUCCAUCUUAUUCAGGAGCAGCAGAAACAGUUUGAAAAGGAUUCAAAAAUAAAACGUAUGCGUAAGCAGCCCGUCAGUUCUGAAGGGCUUUAUUAUCAGACGCCACUAGAUGACAGCCUCUACGUGGUCAUGGAAUCUUUUGAUCGUCUCCGGAUCAAUGAGUUCACAUUAUCUUGAAAAAUAGGCUAUACAAAAUAUAGAUGCCGCUCAAUAAAAUAACCCAGCGUUGCUCAUCUCACCAAAAGCAUUGUAAAACAAGCACCCAUCUUUCUGAUGAUUUUUAUUCAAGCAAGUCGGUCUUUUUUGAGUCUUCAUUGACUAAAAAGUGAUGAAAUUAAAGAUCAUAAAAGACCAUUUAAGCCUCGGUUCUGACGCGAGCGUUAGCGUUGGUGACCUUGAUGUUGAGUUGCUGGGCACGCUCAACAAUGGCGAUGCGGUUGCGGGAAGAGACGUUAUGGGCAAUCUCAGCAGCAAAGGUGCGG